AUGAAGUACGCAUUCGCCGCCGCUGCCUUCGCCGCCGUUGUCUCGGCUCAAGACAUCUCCACUAUCCCAUCAUGUGCAGUCCCCUGCGUUGAUGCCUCGAGAUCCAAGGUCACCUCCUGCACAGAAACUGACUACAAGUGCCUGUGCGACAACAUCACCAAGAUCCAGGGCGAUGCUACUACCUGCGUCAUCACUUCUUGCGGUGCCGAUGUUGCCGUCAGCAAGGUUCUUCCCGCCGUCCAGGCCUUUUGCGAGGCUGUCGAGGCCGGUGGUUCAAGCUCAUCCAGCUCGGCCGCUGCGACCACCUCUGCCACCAGCGUAGCUGUAACUACCAGCACCGCCGCCAGCACCAAGACCGUCGCGACCACCUCUGUGGCUGAGACGACCGCGACCGUGACCGCGACCUCCAGCGCAACAUCCUCAGAGGGUUACUCUGUUUCAAUCCCCGAGGGCACGACCACCGUCGUCUCGAGCACCACCUACAAGCCCACGACAAUCGCGUCGACUAUUACCUCUAAGGCUUCCAACGGCACCGCGUCGGCCACCUCUACCCCCACUAGCGUCGUUACUGCCGGUGCUGCCCUCGCUACCGCUGGCUCCAUCGGUAUGCUCAUUCUCGGUGCUCUUGCUGCUUUGUAA